CAUAAAAAACAAACAAAACGUCCGACAAAUCUGCUCCCCUCCAAUUUUAUACACAUCGCGACACCGCUAUUAAUUAUAAAAAGGCUCCAAUAUUCGAUUCUCUUACUGAACUCAGCAACUGAAUUUUAAUGGCGCACAACUUAGAGCCAGAGAAGCAGACGCUCCUCAACCUGCACAAGGAGAAACACUUCACCGCCGGUGAGAUCGUCCGUGACAUCAUCAUCGGUGUAUCCGACGGUCUCACCGUCCCCUUUGCUCUUGCCGCCGGAUUGUCCGGCGCCAAUGCCACCUCCUCGAUUGUUCUCACCGCCGGCAUCGCUGAGGUUGCCGCCGGCGCUAUCUCCAUGGGACUCGGCGGGUAUCUCGCUGCGAAGAGCGAAGCCGAUCAUUACACCAGAGAGUUGAAGAGUGAGCAAGAAGAGAUCGUUACUGUUCCUGAUACAGAAGCGGCAGAGGUGGCAGAGAUACUGGCACAGUAUGGGAUAGAGGAACAUGAAUAUGCACCAGUUGUUGAUGCUCUAAGGAAGAAGCCUCAAGCCUGGCUUGAUUUCAUGAUGAAGUUUGAACUGGGGUUGGAGAAGCCAGAUCCAAGGAGAGCUCUGCAGAGUGCACUAACCAUCGCAAUUGCUUACAUCUUGGGCGGAUUGGUGCCUCUCAUUCCUUACAUGUUCAUUCCAAGAGCUUCCGAUGCUGUGCUUGCAUCAGUUGUCGUAACCUUAGUAGCACUUCUGAUUUUUGGUUAUGCCAAGGGUUACUUCACAGGAAAUAAACCCCUAAUGAGUGCCCUCCAAACUGCCUUCAUCGGAGCCGUUGCAUCAGCAGCAGCGUUCGGCAUGGCCAAGGUUGUUCAUCCGUAAAUCAUCCAAUGUAUCUAUGUAAGAAACUAGGUUUUGUAUCAAUGUUCUUGCUUUUAUGUGAUUUACUUGUGAAUGUUUGGGGAUUUGUAUGUGUUGUUUU